AUGAACUUAGCAGUGCAGGAAAACUUUAAAAACACAGAAAUACAACCAAUUUUAAAGAAGUGUAAAGAAAUUGUUACAUUUUUUAAAAGUAGCAAUCUGGCCACAACUAAAUUUAAAGAGGAACAAAGAAUUUUAUGGAGAGGUACUGUUAACGAAAAUAAAACUCCUUACAAAUUAAUCCAAGAAGUGACAACACGAUGGAACAGCUGUUUUCAAAUGAUAAAAAGAAUCUUAUUAACUUCCAAUGCUCUUAACUCCACACUACUAAAACUAAAAAAUGCACCUACUCCAUUGACUGCAGAUGACAUUGAAAUAUUAAAAGACUUAGAAAAAUGCCUUUCUAUAUUUGAUGAUGCCACGGAAAAAAUUAGCGGUAGUAAAUAUGUGACUGUAUCAUUAAUUAUACCUAUAUCAUUUGGUAUUUAUAAUUUUUUGAAUACUGCUAAUAUUUCUACAGACCUUGGCAAAUUGUUUUGUCAAGGGUUGAUUGAAUCAACAAGAAAUCGACUGUUUACCUACGAAUCCAGAACAAUUACCAGAAUUAGCACUAUUUUAGAUCCGAGAUGGAAAAAAGAUGGGUUCCGAAGUGCAGAGAAUGCUAAUCAGGCCUCCUGUUUCCUGGAUCAAGAAAUGAGUCCUUUAAUGAGAAAUUUGAAAAACAAUGAAGGAAAUGAAGCCAACGGUUCAACCAACUCCCCAAAAAGUUGUCUUUUCGGAUUUAUGCAUGAAAAAAAUCAGCAAAAAUCAAGAAAUCACAUUGCUGAUGCAAUAAUUAUCAAAAGGCAAUACUUGGAAAGACAAAAUCUGCCUGAAGAUGGUGAUCCGUUACUCUAUUGGAAGCUCAAUAAUGGUGAACUAAAUCCUUUGCAAGAGUUAGUGGUUAGGUAUUUAUGCACGCCGGGAUCCUCGGUUGAGUCUGAAAGAAACUUCAGCUCCGCAGGCCUUAUUAUAAAUGAAAGAAGAUCAAGAAUCAAAGAAAAAUAUGUUGAUCAAUUAAUAUUUGUCACUAAAAAUGCGUGGUUAUUAAGCUAA